AUGCUGUCCCGAAAGGGCAUUAUCCCUGAGGAAUACGUGCUGACCCGUCUGGCAGAGGACCCUACAGAGCCCAGGUAUCGUGCUCGGGAAAGGAGGGCCCGCUUCGUGUCCAAGAAAGGCAACUGCAACGUCGCCCACAAGAACAUUCGAGAGCAGGGCCGCUUCCUGCAGGAUGUGUUCACCACGCUGGUGGACCUCAAAUGGCCCCACACGCUGCUCAUUUUCACCAUGUCCUUCCUGUGCAGCUGGCUGCUCUUCGCCAUGGUCUGGUGGCUCAUUGCCUUCUCCCACGGUGACCUGGCCCCCGGAGAGGGCACCACUGUGCCCUGCGUCACAAGCAUCCACUCCUUUUCGUCUGCCUUCCUCUUCUCCAUCGAGGUCCAGGUGACUAUUGGUUUCGGCGGGCGCAUGGUGACAGAGGAAUGUCCUCUGGCCAUCCUGAUUCUCAUUGUACAGAAUAUCGUAGGGCUAAUGAUCAAUGCCAUCAUGCUGGGCUGCAUCUUCAUGAAGACGGCGCAGGCCCAUCGGAGAGCAGAAACCCUCAUCUUCAGCAAGCAUGCUGUGAUCACCCUGCGACAUGGCCGCCUCUGCUUCAUGCUUCGCGUGGGGGAUCUCCGAAAGAGCAUGAUCAUCAGCGCCACCAUCCACAUGCAGGUGGUGCGCAAGACCACCAGCCCUGAGGGUGAGGUCGUGCCUCUCCACCAGGUGGACAUCCCCAUGGAGAAUGGCGUGGGUGGCAACAGCAUCUUCCUGGUGGCCCCGCUCAUCAUCUACCACGUCAUCGACUCCAACAGCCCUCUCUACGACCUGGCUCCUAGUGACCUGCACCACCACCAAGACCUGGAGAUCAUUGUCAUUCUGGAAGGCGUGGUAGAAACUACAGGCAUUACCACACAGGCCCGCACCUCCUACCUAGCUGACGAGAUUCUAUGGGGGCAGCGCUUUGUUCCCAUUGUGGCCGAGGAGGACGGCCGAUAUUCUGUGGACUACUCCAAAUUUGGUAACACCGUUAAAGUGCCCACACCACUCUGCACAGCUCGCCAACUUGAUGAGGACCGCAGCCUGCUGGAUGCUCUGACUCUCGCCUCAGCACGAGGGCCCCUGCGCAAGCGCAGUGUAGCUGUGGCGAAGGCCAAGCCCAAGUUUAGCAUCUCUCCGGAUUCCCUGUCCUAA